CUUGCCCCGCGCCGCCGCCGCCGCCGCCGCAGCCAUGAGCGACGGCAAGGACGCCCUCGACCUCUCCGCGCUCGGCGCCGCCGUCCCCAACGCCGCAGAGCUCAGCGCCGAGGACAAGGCCAACCUAGUCGAGUCGAUUAAGAACACGCUGCAGGGAUUGGCGGCCCGGCACACGGACGUGCUCGAGAGCCUCGAGCCCAACGUCAGGAAGCGCGUCGAGGUGCUCAGGGAGAUCCAGAGCCAACACGAUGAACUCGAGGCCAAGUUUUUCGAGGAGAGAGCUGCGCUUGAAGCUAAAUACCAGAAGAUGUACGAACCACUCUACUCAAAGCGUUAUGAAGUUGUCAACGGUGUUGUUGAGGUAGAAGGUGUAACUAAAGAUGAUGCAGCGGAAACUGCUGCAGAUCAGAAAGAGGAAAAAGGUGUGCCAGAUUUCUGGUUUAAUGCAAUGAAGAAUCAUGAAAUCCUAGCUGAGGAGAUCCAAGAGAGGGACGAGGAAGCUCUCAAGUACCUGAAGGACAUCAAAUGGUACAGGAUUAGUGAGCCAAAGGGUUUCAAGCUUGAAUUUCACUUCAACACUAACCCAUUCUUCAAGAAUGAAGUGCUUACAAAGACAUAUCACAUGAUCGAUGAAGAUGAGCCAAUCCUAGAGAAAGCCAUUGGUACUGAAAUUGAAUGGUAUCCUGGGAAGUGCUUGACACAAAAGGUGCUAAAAAAGAAGCCAAAGAAGGGGUCAAAGAACACAAAACCUAUCACGAAAAUUGAAAAUUGCGAGAGCUUCUUCAAUUUCUUCAGCCCACCUCAAGUUCCUGAUGAUGAGGAGGAAAUUGACGAGGACACAGCUGAGCAGCUGCAGAACCAAAUGGAGCAAGACUAUGAUAUCGGAUCUACCAUCCGAGACAAGAUUAUUCCACAUGCUGUUUCAUGGUUCACUGGAGAGGCUGCUCAAGACGAGGACUUUGAUGGCAUGAUGGAUGAUGAUGAAGAUGAGGAUGACGAGGGCGAUGAGGAUGAAGAUGAGGACGAGGAUGAUGAGGAAGAUGAAGAUGACGAUGACGAUGAUGAUGCUCCUAAGAAGAAGGGUGGUAGAGUUCCUGCUGGGGAAGGACAGGGAGAGCGGCCUGCUGAGUGCAAGCAACAGUAGAGGUGCUUCAUACAUGACCGUUUCCGAAGAUGAUUGUUCUCGGUUGAAGAAUGUUUGGUUCUCCUUGAGGCUGUGUUGCUUGGUUAGUUCUGUGGAGCCAGUGGGGGAAUGCGUUGGUUUUGUGGAACCGGUGGGGGAUUUCGUUCUUUGGGACAUGGUAUUGUACGCUGGUAGCCUUUCCAUUGUUGUACUGGGUUGAAAUACUUUGUGCGCAUCUUGGAGUGAUCGAUGUUGCCAGUUUGGUAUGUCAUAUUGCAAA